AUGGAUCCUACUCUUCCAAAGGAGACCCUCGAGGCCGAGAAGAAAGCUUCAAGUCACAUCGAAGUCGCCGAUGAAAGUGAAAUGAAGCAAAGUAUACACCAAGAGCCAAACAUAACAGCAAAAGAGCAAUGGAGCAAGCUUUGGGCGGCCAUCAAAGCCAACCGUCGAUUUUGCUGGUGGACCCUCUACACCAUGCUUCUUACUUUCGGAUACGGCUAUGAUUCAGGGCUCUCAGGCACUGCCAUUGCUUUCCCCGCAUUUCGACAAUACUAUGGACAGUAUUACACCGACGGCAAAGAAUGGGUCAUUCCCGCUUUGUGGCAGUCCCUCUGGAACGCUGCGUCGACCAUUGGCCAAGUCUUUGGCGGAUACGCUGCUGGUCAAUUCGCAGAUGUACUUGGUCGCAAGAAGCUGUUGUUCGCUGCAGUUUUUAUUUCUCUUUGCUCAUCCUUCGCGUUGGUUUUCGCACCCAGUCUGCCUGUUCUUUUUGUGUCGAAGCUUCUCCUUGGUCUCGCGGUAGGACUAUCAACGGUCCUUCCACCGCUUUACGUGACGGAGAAUGCACCGACCAAUCUGCGCAGUACGGCCUCAUCUCUUACCAACGUCAUUAUUGUCUUUGGGUUUUUCUGCUCAUCGAUGACGGGCUACGGAGCUUCUAGUAUUGCCGGCAACUGGUCUUUCAGACUUGCUUUUCUUAUGACCUUCGUCAUUCCUGCAAUCUAUCUCUGCGGUCUUCCUUUCCUUCCCGAAAGCCCGGUGUGGUAUAUGAAAAAGGGUCGCGAUGGUGACGCGCGCAAGGCCAUCCUCCGGCUAUACGGCCCUGAUGCUGAUGUCGAAAGCUACAUCCACAACAUCAAGCUCGAGCUAAGACAAUCCGAGGACGAGGAAACCGCGGGUGGACAAACAAGCUGGAAAAGCAUAUUCUCCAAAGAGCACCGAUCUCGCACUUUUGUCGCAGUUCUUGGUCUUCAAUCCCAGAACUUUAGUGGUGGUUACUUCGCCAACACCUAUCAAACUUACUACUUCGAAUUGAUCGGUCAAACCAACUCCUUCCAAUUGACAGCAAUCUCAUCUACCCUUCAACUUGUCUCCAAUAUCUUUGCGGUGUUCUUAUCCGAUGUAAUCCCCCGUCGCAAGGGUCUGAUCGGCGGUGGCACGUUUCUCAUGCUUUGGUCUGUUAUUAUUGCCGGCGUGUCAAUCGCGCCGACUUCUAAUACCUCGGCCAAUAUUGCGCUGCUCGCUUUCAUGAUUACAUGGUCGAUGCUUUAUACUGCGACUGUUGGAUGCUAUGGGUGGGCUGUCGCUCAGGAGACAGCUGCACAGGCUACACGUCCUAAGACUAUUGCGUUCGUGCUUGUCUGUCAGCAGCUUACGGCGCUGCUACUCUCAUCUGUCUUCCCUUACUUUAUCAAUCCUAAUGAGUUGAACUGGGGUGGUAGAGUCAUGUUUUUGUUCGUCGGUGCAGAGCUUUUCAUUAUGGUUGGGCUUUAUUUCUUCCAGCCCGAGACGAAGAACAGGUCAUACCCGGAUAUAGAUGCACUCUACGCUAACAACGUUCCUCCGCGCAAGUUUAAGGAAUUUGUCAUUGUGGAUGGUCAGGCCGUGAGGAGUGCGAAUACUAGCAACUUCAUUGAUCGGGUUCUUCGGAGAAAACAGUCGAGUGUAUAA